UCCUGCAUAGUGGCAGUGCGAGUCGGCGAACGACACCGCGGCGCUGCCUUCUCACAUAUGCUCGCUAAGCAGGAGGAUUUCUGGAAUAACACGGACCCCCGAGAUCAGAAGACAACCACAAAAAACAGUCGCCGCUAAGAAACGCGUUUCUCUGACUCCGCAAACAGGCGAACCGACUGGUAAGGCUCCUUCUGGAUCCCCGGACCCCAUGAAUGAGUUAUGUAAACACCGGGCAACCGACAGAGCUUUUCAUUAAGCAAGAUGUCAACGGCUACAGAAAAUGGAGUUGGAGGGUCUCGCGGUACAAGUGGGGAGAAGACCUACAAGAAGACCACGUCGUCCGCACUGAAAGGGGCGAUCCAGCUCGGCAUCGGCUACACGGUGGGGAACCUCACCUCCAAGCCGGACAGGGAUGUGCUCAUGCAGGACUUCUACGUGGUGGAGAGCGUUUUUCUUCCCAGUGAGGGCAGCAACCUGACCCCUGCGCAUCACUACCCGGACUUCCGCUUUAAGACGUACGCCCCUCUGGCCUUCCGCUACUUCCGGGAGCUUUUUGGGAUCAAGCCGGACGACUACCUGUACUCCAUCUGCAAAGAGCCCCUCAUCGAGCUGUCCAACCCUGGAGCUAGCGGCUCCCUCUUUUACCUCACGAGCGACGACGAGUUCAUCGUCAAGACCGUGCAGCACAAGGAGGCCGAGUUCCUGCAGAAACUGCUUCCGGGUUACUACAUGAACCUGAACCAGAACCCCAGAACACUGCUGCCCAAGUUCUACGGGCUCUACUGCGUCCAGUCAGGAGGCAUGAACAUCCGGCUGGUGGUGAUGAACAACGUGCUGCCGCGCUCUGUGAAGAUGCACUACAAGUACGACCUGAAGGGCUCGACGUACAAGCGGCGGGCGAACCGCAAGGAGCGGGAGAAAGCCUGUCCCACCUACAAGGACCUGGACUUCCAGGACAUGCAUGACGGAUUGUACUUCGACACCGAGACCUACAACGCCUUGAUGAAGACGCUGCAGCGGGAUUGCCGGGUGCUGGAGAGCUUCAAGAUCAUGGACUACAGUCUGCUGCUGGGGGUGCAUGUGCUGGACCAGAGCGUGAAGGACGGGGACGUGGCAGAAGCUUGCGGAGACGGCAGGCGUCCGGUGGGCCAGAAGGUGCUCUAUUCCACAGCCAUGGAGUCCAUUCAGGGGGACGGCAAGGCGGGCGAGUCGCUCACCACCGAUGACACGAUGGGUGGCAUUCCUGCCAAAACGCACAGAGACGAGAGGCUUCUCAUAUUUCUGGGUAUUAUCGACAUCCUGCAAUCUUACAGGUUUAUUAAGAAGCUGGAACACUCCUGGAAAGCUCUUGUGUAUGAUGGCGACUCUGUGUCAGUACACAGACCCAGUUUCUACGCGAAUAGAUUUCUGAAGUUCAUGAGCUCCACAGUGUUCAGGAAGAUUCAAACCAUCAGGCCGUCCCCAUCCAAGAGGACCCGGAACUCUAUCCCGGCCCUGAAGUCGUCCUCGCAAGAGAUCCUGUCCUCGCACAGCGACGACGGAAUUGAGGAGAGGAAGGACAGACUCAGCGGGACUCGGAGCCUCGCCAGUCUGGACGGCCGAGCCUUCUAUGAGGCCGGCUCCAUGGCCACCACUAUCUCCUCCUCUUCCCUCUACACUACCCAGCAGUGCCUUGAGGCCAACCCAAAGCAAAGAGAUGAACUGGCCACGAGCUCCACAUUUACGCUGGAGGACAGCGCCAUCUGCUUGACACCCGAGCAAAUUACACUGGACGACAGAGACGACGGCUCUGUGCUUGACGUCUACUUAUAAGGGGGGGGGGUUGGGGUGCAUACGGCUUCUUCUCCACCACGUCCUUCUAGUCAACCAUCUGGCGGGCAUCACAUUCCACUGGAGAGCGGCUUCAUCCAAGGUUCCACGCCCCGGUCCACGGCACCAGGCCGCUGGCCUUGGCCAGUCAGAGACGAGGACGCGCACUCACUGCAGACUGGAACGAAAAAUAUAAGCAAUCACACCAAUGGAGACCACACCUGAAAGCAGGGCUACAGAUUUUCUACGCUUUUCCUUGGAUCCAUGCAAGCAAACAUUAUGCUUUUAUAGUUGCUUGUGUCAAAAACAUUCUUUUAUAAAAUAUGUAUGCCAAUGCCAGGCGUGCCCAGUGCCCCCCCCAGAAGAAAGGACCUGGGUGUGUUGACAUUGUUUGCCCAUCAGCAGGUCUGUGUGACGAAGUGAUGGGGAAGGGUGAAUGAACACCCCACCUUUUUUUUCCAUUACAGAAGCUUUUUGUGACCCUGUCUGGACAGAUUGGGAGGUCGGACUGACGAACUGUUCCAUGCCUACUCUGCAGAGGUGUCAAACUGUGCAUUUGUUUAGAAAAAAAGCACUUUCCAUGUUUGUAAUGAUGAAUGUGUGUAAUAAAUACUGUCAUACAGUUUGGAUCUGGUUGGUUACCAAAUCACUAUAUAGUGAAUAGGCACAUUUUUACACAUUCUCACAUAUACAUUAUAUGUCGUAUAUGUUGAAAAGAUGCACAAAUGAUGAAGGAUAUAAAUGAAGAUUUUUUUUUGAUACACGACUGGUUUCAGAGGAUCAUUUCUGAAAUUGCAUUUUCUCAGGAUAUCUGUGAACUAAGCAUAUCCUCAGCAUCACCAUGUAAUAUUACAUUUUCAACACUUAGAAGCUGAUAAUGAUUCUGAGCACAUCAGAGUCUUUGGAUAUCAUUAUUGUGCUUGUGCUAGAUUUUUGGAUUUUGCCAUAAUUUAUUAAUUCACUUUAAAAAUGUAUACAGCUUGCUGAAGAUGAAAAUAUUUUAAUCUCUGAAUGUAAAGUCAUAUUUAUAGAGAAAAGAUACUGCUAUAUGGAAAAUAAAUAAGCUGUUAUGCUCAAAAA